GUGCGUUCCGAUUCACGAAUUUUUCAAGCCAAUAGACAGCAUUGAACACCUAGAAAGUAGAAAAUCAUGUUUGUGAGGAGAAUGGUUAGAACAUAAUUGUUGAAACACUAGACGGUUCAUUUUCAUUCAUUUUGCUGCAAUUAUUCUUCAGAUGUUGGAAUCGCUUCAUGGAUCAAUCUCAGAUACUACCGUCUGUUGUCGACGUUUCUCUGCGAUCACGUAGAUUUGGUAGAUUAUUUUAGGAUCCUGUGGUAAACAACACAAACAGCAUCAUAACCAAAAAAAUAAAGACGCUGUCACUUUUGCAGUUUUGAUUUCAGCUUUCGAAAAAUUAGCUUUAAGGUUUAAGAAAGAUGUUUCUUGUGAGUUUCAAGUGAUUUAAGCUAAUAUGUGGCCGGUUUUGCUGGAUAUGACAAAAGAGGAAUCGAUACAAAAUUUAAGAAACAUUGAAUUAGAGGCAUAUUCGCAUCUUGUGUCAGCUUUGAGAGCACAGGGCCCGUUAACUUCAGAUAAGCGUAAAUUAUUGAAAGAAACAGGAUAUUUGUUGAAUAUCACUGAAGAACGACACAAAGCUGAAGUGAGGAGGGCUAUAAGUGAUGAAAAAUUGAACACCAUAGCAUAUCAUGUUACAGGCAAUACAGAAACUGUUGACGACUGGGCUCAAGAAGGACGUCGUCUGGUGCCCUUGCUACCCCGUACGGCCCCGCAAACUGCGUUAUCCGCAUUGGCUGAUGAGACAGCCGAAGUGGCCAGUCAGUGCAAUAAGCAGCUGCCUGCACCGAACAACACGGAACGCAGAAGGCUCCCAGUUGUCACAGGUCAGCCUCAACAGUCUCAUCCACCAACCACGGCUGCCUCUACGUCUGAGGCCUCAGGUGUGGGUUCAAGCAAAUCUGCCAUGCAAUUUAGAAUACCUGAGCCACCCAAGCCAGAAGAUAAAAAGAGGAAACUGGUUCAAGAUACUGGAAACCUAGCACAACAGUUGAUAUCUCCCAGGCUUUGCAGAAUACAGAACUUGUACAGGCAACGAUCAAAGUCCAAAUCGAGAGAAAUCCACAAGAAACCCGACCCGGAGCAUCUGGAAUUAUACGAACAACACCUCAUUCCUGGCGUUCAAACGAUACCUGUUUCGCAAUCUCAGUUCGUACACCAGAAAGUGAACGUGCUACAGAACAUCACACUACAACCAAUGAAAGAAGAUGACGUUGACAAGGAGCCUGGCAUGUAUCAGCAGCAGCGUUGUAGUAACGAGAAUCACUCUCCACAAAAAGUGUUUAUCAAUGCCAACAAUCUGAGUGCUGCAAUGAAAUCUGGUGCAUUGCCUAGUGGUGAAUUGAAGCAGAUAAAGAUGUCUUCUGCUAAGGUGAUUCCAUUGUCGCAGUUGCAAAUGCUGAGUUCAAAAGGAAGCAUAAAAGUGUUACCGCUGGGCGGGAAAAUUGUUGGCAAAGGACUGACGUCAUUGUCACCAUCAGCACAAUCGCUGUAUUUGAUGAACACAUCACCAAAGCUAGUCAAGGCAUCACCUAAGGUACCAAGCUUAGAAAUCAAAACAGACCAGACUGAAGAUGAUUCGACCUCCCGUAAUUCAAAUAUAAGAGGAAACAACAGUAAUCUCCAGAAUAAAACAAUUGUUACCAUGCCGAGACAGGAAACUUUUGAUAUUAACAAAAGAGAGGAAUUCCAUAUUACAGAGACUAGACCAGAAGUAGAGAAUGUUAAACAAGCAACGGAACGAGAGGAGGACAAAACUAAAGUGAUUGUGGUGAAAAAUGAAGUUGUUAUGGAUGACAUUAAUGAUAGACUUCUUGGAAACAUAGACAUAUCUUUGAAUGAAACCAUAGAUGACGAAACAGACAUUACCCUAGAAGAUGGAAUUGAAAUAGGCCAUAUGGAAGAGUAUGUAGAGAAUGUUGAACUGUCUGAGGUAGAUGGAGUAGUCCAUAAGAUGGAUUAUUCAAGUGAUAUAGCUCAUGACUGAUAUUUAUUUUAUAGAACAUUUCCUUUUUGUCAUUUUUCCUAUUCUUAUUAAAACAUGUUCUCUCGAAUGCGAAAUAUUUAUCUAAAGUCAAAAUUAUCCGAUAGGUAUUGCUCAAAGUAUGUUGUUAUUUAUUAUUUAUGUGGUGAUGUUUUGUCAUUGAUGAUAUCUUGUAAAGAAACAUGUUAACAUCAUUUUUAUAAAAUGCAUUUUUAUA